UACUUUUUAUUGUUUUAGAGAGAAAGAGAGAAUUUUCAUUAUGUUUUUUAAAAACAUGCAACUUUGUCAUGUCACAUUAUUCAUACUCUCAGUUUUCUUUAUAAUUUUUAGCAGUACAAUUGCAUCAUCCAUUCCAUGUAGCGAUACUAAGUGUCCCAUGUUGUCUGAUUCUGAUAUUCAGGUUGAGGAAAAUCCACAAGGAAUUAUGUCUCAUAAAGAAUCAUAUGUGUCAACGGUUUUGCCGACAAGGAGGUUUCUUAGUCCGGCUGGAUCACAUCCUCCAAACUGCGUAAACAGUUGUGAAACUUGCACUCCAUGCACACCUGUCCUCGUUGCAGGGCCACCACCUGAAUCACAGGUGUGGAAGUGCAAAUGCAAGGAUAAGUUAUACGAUCCAAUUGGUUAAAAAUUAUUUAUCUGUAUGUUUAAUAUCAACUUACGAUCAAUAAAUGACACUCCACACUACGGUAAUUAGAGUCUUCUGUUCAGUUAUAUUUAUGGGUUC